AUGUGUCACCGCGGCUUCCGAGGACCCAAUAGAGGACGGCGCGUCCAAUACCUGGUGGAAGGAACCUGCCCCGCGCUACUGUCCAGAGCUCCCGGCCCCACCCCGGCCGCCACGCCCACCGGGGGGGACCCACUUGAACACCCGCCCCGAGCUACCAAAACCUCGCGUCUCGUUCAGCAACCCACCGGCCGGAGGGCCACACCCCGGCGAUCCCAGCUCGUGCUUCGCCAGUGCGCAGGCGCGCGCGCCCCUCAGCGCAUGAGCAGUGCUCCCGCGAGCCCGCCAGCCACAGUCUCCGGCGCCAGCUACGCCGCUGUCGCUGUCACUAUGGCCCAUUACAAAGCCGCCGACUCGAAGCGCGAGCAGUUCCGGAGGUACUUGGAGAAGUCGGGGGUGCUGGACACUCUGACCAAGGGUGAGCGUGGGCUAGGAGAGGGCUCCUCGUGUCCUCAGCGUGCUCUCUGUACGGCGCUUCUGGCGGGCUGUGACGCGGGGAAGAAAGGGGAACAGGUGGGGCCCGCCCGGGGUCCAGCGAGGUGGGCCUCGAGGUGCGGCGAGCCCCGGCGCCGGGCGCGGCCGCUCUCCCCGCGGGGAGUGAAACUCUUGCAGCUGUUGCAAAGUCUCUCCAACUUCCGUUGCUUUGCCCUGAGUAGCCGCCGCCGACGUGUUUGCUACAGACCCUGGGAUCCCAAUUCCUCCCGUAGGAAGUUCUCAAGGUCCUCAGAAUCUUAAACAUUUUCUCUUGAAUGAGGGGCAACUGGGAAAAAAUGGGCUGCAGAGUAAUUGAGUGAGCCUAAUUCUCCAAUGACCGCCAAUUCCUACUCUGUAGAUUUCCUAAUUAAAGUAGAAUUACAGUGUGAAGAGUUUCAGGGCACAUCAAAAUGGUUAUAUUGCUUACACUUUUAAAAUGGAAGCUUACUUUUUUACUGUUACAUUGUAUCUCUUCUUCCCUGUGUUUGAGCUCUGAAUAGAAGAGUAAGGUGCUUGAACAGGAGGACUCCAAGAGAUAGUAUAAUACUGCUUAUUUCAUUAACUCAACAGUAAUCUGAAUGCCUGCUAUGUGUUCCUCAGCGUCCUGGCUGGGAGUUUUCAAGGACAUAGAAUGGAAUUGCUGGCGGAGAUGAGGACGUAUGAGAAUAGGAAGUGUCUGGGAAGUAAUACGGUUAUGAUUUGAGGAAACAAAGGGUAGGGCAAAAUUCUGGGAGAACUGCUGAGUCGUAGCAAAAAAAAAAAUUUGGCGGCACUGGCGUUUGAACUCAGGUCCUCACGCUUGGGCCACUC